CGUUCGACACGAUUGUCCGUUGCUUCGCGCCCAUGUUGCCAAAGAAGAAAUAACAUAAUACAAACACUUUUUUUUACUUUAUAUUUGUAUUGUAUUGAAUUUAGCUAGUAAACUGAGUGUUUUAAAGUGUAUCAUAGUUUAGCUAGCUUGUGUUAAUACACUCAGUUUACUAGCUAAAUGCCAUUAAACAAUUAAAUACAAUGCAAUUAUAAAGUAAGCAACGCUAAUAAAUGUCAUUUGUAAAAUAAGUGUUAUCUGCUUAAUGUUAUUUCGUCUUGUGUCGCUCAAUGAAUGAGCGCGAAUGUUUGUGAAUAUUCAUGAACCUUCCCACGUCAUUGUUGGUCCGUUGCCAGGCAGGUUUGGAAAUUUCGAACACAGAUUACGUAGGCGGUACACGUUUCGCCCCCCGUUACAAUUUUGGUCUCAAUAAACAGUCUCUCAGCUUCUCCAAAAACGUAUCGGAAGCAGAAAGAUAAGAAUUGCUCUUCUCCUGACCCUUAUGAAGGGCGAAUUCAAAUCGCCGUCAGAACAGGUUGGGGGAACCCAGUCUAUCGUAAUUGGGGAUUAACAACUAUUAUGUGCAAAUGAAAGGAAAUGAAAAUGUGUGUCCUUCUUUAUGUGGAAAGCAGCAGACCCCGGACACCAUUUCAAUCAAGGUUGAAGAGGAUAUUGGUGGAAGCUUGCCCGCUGUAGAAGACGGCAAUGACAUUAGAGACUGCAGCACGCAGCGCGGCGCCACCUCGGAGAGUCUGCGUGUGGACGCCCCUGGCUCCUCCCACAUGUCAAGUCACAACGGGGAGCUGCGCAUCCUGAGCGUUUACGGACAAGGGGAGGGCCCACUGGCGGUGGAUGGUUGGUGGAAGGUUUCUCCCAACAAUGCCAAUAUGAUCGUACACAUGAGGACCCGACCAGACGAGAAGCCGUACGGGUGUGACCAAUGCACGAAGAGCUUCAGUCGGAAAGGCAACCUGAAAAUCCACAUGAGAACUCACACCGGGGAGAAGCCCUACAGGUGUGACCAAUGCACGAAGAGCUUCAGUCGGAAAGGCCACCUGAAAAUCCACAUGAGUACGCACUCCGGGGAGAAGCCCUACAAGUGUGACCAAUGCACGAUGCGCUUCAGUCUAAGUGAACACCUGAAGCGCCACAUGAAGACUCACACCGGGGAGAAACCCUACAGCUGUGACCAUUGCAAAAAGCGCUUCACUCGGCAUGGCAACCUGAAUGUCCACAUGAGGACUCACUCUGGGGAGAAGCCCUACAAGUGUGACCAAUGCACGAUGCGCUUCCGUCAGACAAGCCCCCUGAAGAUCCACAUGAAGACUCACACCGGGGAGAAACCCUACAGCUGUGACCAUUGCAAAAAGCGCUUCGCUCGGCAUGGCGACCUGAACGUCCACAUGAGGACUCACUCCGGCGAGAAGCCCUACAAGUGUGACCGAUGCACGAAGCGCUUCAGUCAGACAAGCCACCUGAAGAUCCACAUGAAGACUCACCCCGGGGAGAAACCCUACAAGUGUGACCGAUGCACACAGGGCUUCAGUCAGACAAGCCACCUGAAGAUCCACAUGAAGACUCACACCGGGGAGAAACCCUACAAGUGUGACCGAUGCACAAAGGGCUUCAGUCUGAAAUGCACCCUGAAUAUCCACAUGAGAACUCACACCGGCGAGAAGCCCUACAAGUGUGACCAAUGCACGAAGGGCUUCAAUGAGAAAGGCAACCUGAAGAUCCACAUGAGGACUCACUCCGGCGAGAAGCCCUACAAGUGUGACCAAUGCACGAUGCGCUUCAGUCAGCAAGGCACCCUGAAGAACCACAUGAGGACUCACUCCGGUUAGAAGCCCUGCCUGUUAGUGCAUUGCAACGCCAGCUACAGCGACCCAAGCAAUUUGAGUGCACAUGCUCAAGCACACGGGCAAUGGGGUGCUUUCACACAGGGUAACGGGGCGCUUUGAUUGAGACCUCUGUCCGGUAUUUGUCGAAAUUACUGCUUUUAGUUUUUCUUUUUAUCAGGAUUAAACACUUUCCAGCUUUUUGAUUCGCUUUGUUUUGCUUUGUUUUCAUUUUAGUAAUUUAUGUCUGUGUGAUAAAGAACUUAUUUCUCUGACUCUUCUAACAGUAAAAUAUUAGGAAACGUUCACAUCGUUGGUAAAUACAAAGGAAACAUGUGAGGGGAGUAUACCACGAACCUCGCUGAACAUACCACGAACCUCGCUGAACAUACCCAGCUUUUCUUGGGAAAACCUGGUUCGACAGAGACGCAACUCGCAGUCAGAGUUAAAUGGUUCCACGACACUCACUUUAGAUUCAAUUAGUCGAACCAGGUUUUCCGCUUUAGGUUCAAUGCACGUAUUAUUAUGAAUUCCUACGAGGAAUUCAAGGUCCAAAUCACAGCCAAGGGGAACACGGUUGCCCAUAAUAUGGCUAGGGUAGCGUGCUGGCAAUAAAUAGCCGUCCGUGUUCAUUCGUAAGUGAAAAGAUUCUGCAUAUUGUCUAAAAAUAUCAUGUAUCAUCAUGCCUUUUACCCCCAUAGAUGUGGUGCCAGCACGCUCCUACCAACAUUGGGCCAAGUCAAAAAUAAAUAUUAAAAUAAUAUUCAAUGUGGUAAGUUGUAAGCAUCCAUUUGAAUAAUUUCAGGUGAAUCUAGCCUAUGAUUUGCAAUGGCCUAGGCUCCAACCUUUAGUCACAUGUUGAUUACCUGCAGCAAAUAAAAAGAAAACCAAUAAUACGACUGGGAGGAGGACCGCUCCACCGCCCUUCACCACUUCAGAGGAGCUGGCUCUCGCCAAUAACGAAGGUCGGCCGAUGAUGGUAGGAGUGGAAGGGGGGGGUGUGCUCUGACCCCACUGCCUCGACUUCCAAGGCCUUUGUAAUGAGUAUAUUCAUGUAUUGGCAAUGGACAUCAAUAAUUGUCUUGCUAAUCAAAUUGUUGUGAAAUGAUUGAGUGUAAAUUAAUUGUCAUUUUUAGUUGAAGGUACAAACAUUAGUUUGGAGGAGCUGCCGACAAUCAAUCUCCAAUCAGAGGUAUAUAACUAUCAAAGCAAAGUGUCACGUACUCUUCUGAAUGUUUAAUUUCUGGACAGAAUGUCCUAUAAUAGGUUUCCCUGAUUCUUGCAGGAGACGGUCGCCCUGUGACUCCAGGGCGACUAUGGAG